AGACCACCUCAGAAGCCAUCCGACCACCCUCCCCACACCCCCCUCCAUCGAGACGCGCGUCCCGUGCCGAGCACGGCCCGUUCGAGUACCCACCGCACUGGCAAAUUCGCGGUGCUGUACUCGGCGCGGGACGCGUUUUUCGAGUCUCCUAGACCUUUCUUGGUCUAG